UUGGGGCGUUUGUAGAUCUCGCGACACAAAAUCAGUACACAUCGACACGUAAGAAGACUAAGACUAGAGUCUACUUCGAUUUAAUAAUAAAUAAUAAGAUACAGGAAGAUAUUUGUUUGUUUCACCUCUAAAAUCUCUCCCAAAAAAAAAUAAAAAAAAAACAAUUAUUUAGAAAAAAAAGAAAAAUAGAAUACAGUUAAAAUAGAGUUCGGAAAAGCUCUGAGGCUUCACCGUCAUAAAGAGGAUAAUUACCUAAUUAUGGCUAGUGACGAUCCUAUUGCUAACGCACCACUUGCUUCAGUUGAAUUUGAAGUAUUCGGAAAAGUUCAGGGUUGUUACUUUACUAAAUACACACGUGAUUUAUGCAGAUCACUUGGAAUAACCGGUUGGGUUAAAAAUAGUAAAACCGGCAGUAUUUUAGGAAAAAUGCAAGGACCCAAGCCAUACGUUGAUCAAAUGGCGCAUUGGUUAACAACUGUAGGAAGUCCAGGAUGUCAAAUUCAUCAUACAGAAUUUACUAACUGGGAAACAAUUCGGAGGCCAUCAUAUCGAGAUUUCGGAAUACAUUUUUAAUUAUUAAUAAUAUUUAUUAAUAUUU